UCCGUCUGCUUAGUGUUACAUGUUGAUAGGAUCUUGUAAAACACUUAUUCAUAGGGGACUUUAAUUUUGAAUAGGUGGUCAACCUAGAAACCUUUUACAUGUUUUAGGUUGCUUUAUAAACAUAAAAUUGAACUUUGCCUUAUUUUUCUGUCUGUAGAUAUCAUGUCUAAUAACAACAACAACAACUCCGGUUUCAACAUUCGUCCUUUUCUGGAAAAGGACAGACUGAAUGGUGAAAAUUUCCUUAAUUGGGAAAGGACCUUAAGACUCGUUCUGAGGUUUGAGGGUCGAGAGGACGUCUUAGAUACCCCGCUUCCUGUAAUAACUGAUGAAUCAACUGACGCUGAAAAACGUCGUGCAAAACAGGCUAGUGAUAAGUCUAUACCAAUCACUUGUUUGAUGGUAGCAGCCAUGGAGCCGAACCUCCAAAAGAGGUUCGAAACCAAGGAUGCCUACACGAUCAUGCAAGAGCUGCGGGCCAUGUUUAAAACUCAGGCCCGAGUUGAGCGGUAUGAGACUAACAGGGAGAUCCUUGAAUGUCACUUGAAGCCGGGUCAAGCUGUUGGCCCCCAUGUGUUCGAAAUGAUGGGUCUUUUCGAAAACAUGGAAAGACUUGGGUUCCCUUAUAGGCUCGAGUUGGCUACUGACAUCAUUCUCCACUCACUACCUGAAAGUUUUAAUCAGUUCAGAAUGACCUACAAUAUGAAUGAGUCUGAAAAGACUUUGCAAGAGCUGCAUGGAUUGUUGGUCAAUGCUGAAAGGAACAUCCCUAAGGUUGAACCAAAGAAAGAGGUUCUGUUGGUUCAAAAGGGAAAGGGUUUCAAAAGAAAUGGGCAGGAAAGAAGGACAAAGGCAAGCAAGUUGCCACUGUCGCUGAAAAACCUAAGCCAACCGCCAAGCCCAAGGUUGCUGCGGAAAGCAAGUGCUUCCACUGUCACAAGAUUGGACACUGGAAGAGGAACUGCCCGAUAUACUUGGAGGAAAUAAAGAAGUCUGGGGCUUCUACUUCAGGGACUAAAAAGAAGUAGGAAGUUGGCAAAAGGCGAGGUAGAGCUACGCGUUGGAAAUGGAGCACGAGUUGCUGCACUUGCCGUCGGGAGCUAUAGUCUACACUUGCCAUCUGGGCUUAUUUUAGAAUUAAAUAAUUGUUAUUUCGUUCCUACAAUAACUAAGAACAUAAUUUCGGUUUCAGUUUUGGAUUCUGAAGGUUUUUGCUUUGAAAUAAAGAACAAAUGUUGUUCCAUUUCUUACAAUAAUAUGUUCUAUGCCAGAGCUAAUUUGAUAAA